GAGUGGACAACCUAUGCAACACUUGUGAGAAACAAUGAAAGGUUUAUGUCAUUCCCUUUAAGAGUUUUGUCAAUUCAAUUUAGUCAUUGUCUUUUGUUUGGAGCGUUCCUGUCAAUGUUGAGUAAGGACAUGCACCUGAUUACGCUUAGAAGUAGGCCUAUAGGCUACCUGGCUUGCGUACAUAUGUCGGCAUAAAUGUGCCCAUCUGAUAGUAUUUCUGUUUUGGCUAGAUCAUUUGUUCUGUUUUGAUAGUGAAGAUACAAUCUCCCAUCUAAGCUCCGUGUGAGGCUGAGGCGAGCUGCGCUGCUCUGGUUAAGGCUGGGAAGGUGUUUGCCACUGCAACAGAGAAUAUGGACGGUCUGACUUUUGGAACAGGGGUCCUACUAAGGCAACUCACUGCCAGCGAAGCCAAAAAGCUUCCUAUCCAGGAGUUCCUGUUCAGUAGCCUUCUGCAGGACAUUAAUCUGACCCAUGAGCAGUUCAUAGACCUGUGCGUACUGCUGGGCUGUGACUACUGUGGUACUAUCAAGGGAAUCGGGCCCAAGAGAGCCAUUGACUUGAUCAAACACGGCUCCAUCGAGGAGAUUCUGGAGAACAUCGACCCGUCUGUGAGUACUGCUCUACUGACUGUCCGUAGCUAA